GGACAACACCGCUGUUACGUAUGGCGCAAGCCCUACGCGCAAACGUUGUGGAAUAUAAAAGAGGACGCAACUUCUAUUUCGGCAUCAGUUUGAUCUGUUCCAGCAAUCACAACUCAUUCACAACAUGAAGUCCUUCAUCGCUAUUUCCGCCCUUGCCGCCGUCGCUUUGGCCGACAACGCUCCCUACCGUCCCGCCCCUUACAUCCCCGCCCCUUCCUACAAGGAGGAGCCUGCUGUCUACCAGUACCAAUACGCUGUGGCUGAUGACUAUGCUGGAGUUAACUUUGCUCAAAAUGAGGCCCGUGAUGGUUAUGCCACCAAUGGCGAAUACCGUGUUGCCCUUCCCGAUGGCCGCACCCAAAUUGUGACCUACAAUGUGGCUGAUGCUUACUCCGGAUAUGUUGCUGAUGUGCGAUAUGAUGGAGAGCCCAAGUACGAGUCCUACAAGCCCGCCCCUGCUCCUUACAAGCCCGCCCCUUACAAGCCCGCCCCUUACAAGCCCGCUCCUUACAAGCCCGCUCCUUACAAGCCCACUCCUUCUUAUUCUGCCUAAGAAUCUAUCUCUCAGAAGUUUUCUCUUAUUUAUUGUUGGCAAUAUUUAUGUGAAAAUACACCUUGAUACAUUCUGAAACAUCAAGAUGCAUUGAAAGCUGG